UGCAGAGUCACUCCGUUUGGUUCGAGUGUAAACAAGAGAGUAGCAGAGGAAUACUCUGGAACAAUCUAGUCAAAUUUAGCUGGGGAGUGUAAUCACGAUUAUUAUCUCCCAAUGUAUUAACGUUUAUUCGUUUUUUAAAUGUGGUCUUGUGUGUGCGAAGAAGGUAUGUUUUAACCUGAUUUAACGUCAAAAUAGUCACCGAGGCGACGAGGUGAGCUAGUGUGCUAAUGCUAGUUAGUUUACUGCUAGCUAGGUGGCUAACAUCUCAGUUGUCCGCAUUCAAGGCCUCAGCUGGCGCUGUGCAGAGGCUGCGAGACCACUGCAUGCAUAGGCCUAGUUUAACCUGGACGACGGGCUAGAGGCCUGAGCCCCCAGAGGCGCCUCUAUGGCCACGAUGGAGUCCGGUGUCAAAGAAUGUGAAGAGGAGAUACUGCAGUCCGCCUUCAAGAAGCUAAGAGUCGAUGCUGAAAGUGCGGCUGCGGCGGUGGUUCCUGUGUGUGAAAGCGUGUCAUCCAGGAUGUCUCCUCGCACCAGCUCGGAGGUCGGAGGGGCAAAGUCCAAAAUGACCUGCUUGAAGGAGAACUGGCACGGCGGCAUCCGAAAGUCCACCAGAGGCGUGGCGAGAAGCCAGCGGAGGCGGCGCUCCAAGUCUCCCAUCCUCCACCCGCCCAAGUUCACCUACUGCAGCUCCAAGAUGGCUUCCCCUCCCGGCGGCCACCUGAAGCACAAAACCCUGGCAGAGCCUGCUGACACCACCUGUGCCCUUCCCCUGGGAAUAGUACCCACCAAGAAGGAGCUCCUGUCCCCAGCUCACGUCUCGCCCGUGUUCGGAGCCGCUGGCUACGACCUCCACCACAUCGCCUCCACCCCCCGGGAAGCUCUCGGCUCGCCGCAACUCGGCCAUAGGAACCUGUCGGAUGACGAGAGUGGCUCGGAAGGCGCCGCUGCUUGCCCUCUCGUGGUCCCCGAGGCAGCGCAGGGCGAUGGGGCAGCAACAGCAACAACAACUACAGCAGUCGUAACGGCAGCAGCAGCAGCAGCAGAGUCGGGCGCAGUCGGUGCUGGUGGUGGUGGUAGCGUGGGUGGUAGCGGCGCGGGCUCUGUGGCAGGCGCGGGAGCUGCUUCAGACUUUCGGUCUCUGUCCCGGCUCCACCAGGAGAAAGGCGGCGGCGCGUGCCCCUGCGGCCAGGCCGAGUGCCAGUGCCCCAGCUGGCAGGGCGUGGAGGUCUACGCCUUCACCGGGCUCAGGAACGUCAUCUCCGAGUGCGAGAGGAACCUCCCACCGCCGGGGACAGGAACCGCAAUCGGAACCGUAACGGAGGGUGCAGUGGGUGACCAGAACACAACAGCAGGAACAUCAGCAGCAACAGCAGCAGCACCUGGCAACCGCAGAACUCAGAACACUGGAGGCUCGCCUCGCUCCUGUUCAGAACAGGCCCGCGCGUACGUGGACGACAUUACGAUAGAGGACCUCUCUGGCUACAUGGAAUACUACCUUUACAUCCCCAAGAAAAUGUCACACAUGGCAGAAAUGAUGUACACUUAAAACAAAACAAAAAAGAGUCUAGCAGGUUUGGCUGCCUAUCUAUAUCCGAAUGGUUAAGCGGUUAUAAUAUAGAAAUUAAUAAGUUAUAACUGAGUCAAGAGCAAGAGCUGAACUGUUGACUUUGAGUUUUUGUUUUUGUUGUUUUCCUCCACUGCCCCUAAAUUUCCUGCAUUAGAGCUAACAAAAUAUAUUUCCAUCAAAUUUGAUUUUUGUUUGUGUUGGUAUUUUUAUGACUAUUCUGAUUUCAUAUUUACGUACGAAAAGUUGCCAAAGCUCUAUUGCUAAUGUUUGCAGGUUUGACUUCUUGCUAUGUGCAAACUUGUAAUGCCAACAAUGAUUAUGUUUUCCACAUAAAAAAAGGUUGUCCACUGUGCUUUUUUUUUUUUUUUUUGAGUUUUCAUUUGUCUCAAUAAAGAGUUUGUUUAAGUAA